ACUAGUCAACGCUCCAUUUGGUCAAACCGUCAAAACCAAUGAACGUGGUCAACGGAAGGGCAAAUUUGAAAUUUGUGCCAACAGUGAGGGCCAUUCGGAAAAGCCAAGCACUCCUCUCCUUGACACUGUGAACUAUCCGAUGCACAUGAAGAACUUUUCCAUCUCGGAACUGAAGCAAUUAUCGAGCGAGCUUCGGGCAGAGACGAUCCACACGGUGUCGAAGACAGGGGGGCAUUUGGGGAGCAGUCUGGGGGUUGUGGAGCUCACCAUUGCAUUGCAUCAUGUCUUUAAUUCCCCCGCAGACAAAAUUCUGUGGGAUGUAGGUCAUCAGGUUCAUGAGUUGGCCGCGAAGGUGGAUGAAUACGCUCGUGGAAUGAUUAGCGGCUCUGGAUCGACUCUCUUUGAGGAGCUUGGCCUUUAUUACAUUGGGCCAGUCAAUGGCCAUUCUAUGGACGAUCUCGUGACCAUCCUGAAGGAGGUAAAGAAUACUCAGGGAACAGGACCUGUCCUUCUCCAUGUAAUAACGGAGAAGGGGAGAGGAUAUAGCUAUGCUGAGAAAGCGGCGGACAGAUACCACGGUGUCGUCAAAUUCGACGUCAAAACUGGAAAGCAGUUCAAGAGCUACAGCAGGACAAACUCUUACACUCAGUAUUUUGCGGAGGCGUUGAUUGCUGAAGCCGAGCAAGACCAGAAAAUUGUCGCGGUCCACGCUGCUAUGGGUGGAGGGACCGGGCUGAAUCUGUUCCAAAAGCGUUUUCCAAAGCGGACCUUCGAUGUCGGGAUCGCGGAGCAACAUGCUGUCACAUUUGCAGCCGGGUUAGCAUGCGAGGGCUUGGCUCCUUUCUGUGCCAUUUACUCCACCUUCCUUCAGAGGGGUUACGACCAGGUUGUCCAUGACGUGGCCCUUCAGAAGUUACCUGUGCGAUUUGCAAUGGACAGAGCUGGUCUGGUUGGUGCUGAUGGGCCAACCCAUUGUGGCGCAUUUGACGUCACAUACAUGGCGUGCCUACCUAACAUGGUGGUCAUGGCGCCAGCUGACGAGGCCGAGUUAUUCCACAUGGUUGCGACGGCGGCUGCAAUUGACGACAGGCCAACUUGUUUUCGCUAUCCUCGUGGGAACGGAAUUGGUGUGACCCUUCCCCCUAAUAACAAGGGGGUUCCACUAGAGGUGGGUGUCGGGAGAGUUCUUCUGGAGGGAACGGAUGUGGCUAUCCUCGGGUACGGGACCAUCAUCCAGAACUGUCUGGCUGCAGCUGCUUCGCUUGCUGAGUGGGGUAUCUCUACUACUGUUGCUGACGCACGAUUCUGCAAGCCUCUCGACACUGCUCUCAUCAGACGUCUUGCCAAUGAACACCAGAUACUUAUCACUGUGGAGGAGGGGUCCAUUGGAGGUUUUAGUUCUCAUGUGCUGCAAUUUUUGGCACUGGAAGGGCUUCUAGAUGGAAAUCUCAAGGUACGGCCGAUGGUUCUUCCUGACCGGUUCAUCGACCAUGGAGCGUACAGCGAUCAGCUGGUCGAUGCAGGACUCACUGCUGCUCACAUAGCUGCAACUGCUCUCAAUGUUCUCGGUCGUAAUCGGGAGGCUCUGCAGACCUUGAACCCUGUUGCUGCUGCUGCUUCUUCUUAACUGACCGGCUGUGGUUUUCUGGUUAGGUAACUGCCUUCUCUACUACUCUGGCUUAGAGGACCACAGAAAAAAGGCUCUAGGGGGGUUGAUUUAAACCCCUCUAAACCCCCUUUUGGA